UUAUGAAAGUGGUAGAAGGUAAAUUUGGAAUGCAGGUCACUGUGAACUCUAAGACUAAAUAAACUACUAUAUGUUAUAUUUACGGUCUUCAUUGUUUUGUACUGUACACCUAAAUACGUUUAUUUUAAUUUUUGACUUGUUUUAAAUUAGUUAAUUUUUAUUUAAAUAAUAACAAUAACUUUUUAGUUACUCAUAACAUGAUUGAUACAAAUAUCUAGGGGUGCGAUCGUCCCGUCGUCCAAGCCACGAGCCUUUUAUACACUAUAUAAAAUUUAUUUAUUAAAUUGAUAAUGAGGCACACAAUGAUAUAUGUAUUAAAGUUGAACAUGAUGAAAUUGAUGGAAUUUUGUUUGAAACAACAAUAGAAAGAAAACAGAAACUAUUUGUCAUUAAACCAAAAUUUGAGAUUUUUAAUGAUAGCAAGUUAGUUGACAACAAUAACUAUCAAAAUAAUAUGGAAAACAAAUGCUGUUUAAUUGAUGACGCUCAAAUCAAAAAAAAUUUAAACAGUAAUAGUAUAACACUAAAUGAAGCAAAUAUUAAAGUAGAAUAUGACGAAGUUGAUGGAUUAUUAUUUGAAACAACAAUACAAAGAGAUGAUAAUAAAUUUAAUCAGAAACCAAUAAUUGAGGUUUUUAAUGAAAGUAAAUUUUCAGAAAGUGGUAAGCAAAUUAAACAAAAAUCCAACAGAAACCAAAAGAACACUUCGAGUGCUUGCAAUGAUGUAUACACUAAAAGCAUUUUGAAAAAACACCAGAUAAUAGAGACUUGUAAAAAAACAUACACAUGCGAUAUAUGCGAGCAAAUAUUUGUCUAUAAUUCAGAUAUAAGAAGACAUAAGAGAUUGCAUACUGGUGAAAGGCCUUACAAAUGUGACAUAUGUAAAAAAGCAUUUAACAGAAAAUGCACUCUUAUACAUCACAGUAGAAUACACUCUGGUGAAAAGCCUCACAAGUGCGGAGUAUGUCAGAAGUCUUUUAGAGAUAUGUCCACCUUUAAAAGACACAGUUUGGUACACACCGGAGAAAAACCUUAUAAAUGCAUAGUGUGUGAGAAAACAUUUGCUCGUCAUUCAGAUAUGAAAAGACACACAUUGGUGCACACUAACGAAAAGCCAUACAAAUGUGAUGUAUGUAAAAAAUCAUUUAUUAGACACUCAAGUCUUAAGACACAUAGUAAGGUACACUCGGGAGAUAAUUCUUUUAAAUGCGCAAUGUGUGGUAAAUUGUUUAACCUAAAGUCUCGCAUAAAAUGUCAUAUUCUACAGCACAUUAAUGAAGAUGGUAUCAUAUGCAAUGUUUAUUAGAAAGCAUUUGUCUUUAUUUCAGUCCUAAAAAAAUAUGAAUAAAUAUAUAUUGUACUUGCAUACAGGUUUAAAAUUCAAUAUUUUUCAAAAAUAUUAAAAACAAAUUAAUUUUUAAAUGAAAAAUUUCACACUAAAUAAAGGACAUAAUA